GCGGCCUCUUCUCUUUUGUCGCGCUGCCCGCGCUCGAGGGCCACUCUCCGCCGGCGUCCGAGCCCCGCGCGCUCCUCUCCUCCCCGCCGCCACCGUCGAGAUGCUGCGCUGCGGCCUGGCCUGCGAGCGCUGCAGGUGGAUCCUGCCCCUGCUGCUGCUCAGCGCCAUCGUCUUCGAUAUCAUCGCGCUGGCCGGCCGCGGCUGGCUGCAGUCGGACAAUGACAGCGAGACGUCCUCGCUGUGGUGGCGGUGUACAUCACCAGAAGGCAACUGUGAGAGCCUCAUGGACCAUGCGUGGGGAAGGGCAGCCGCCGCCAUGCUCUUCUGUGGCUUCAUCAUCCUGGUGAUCAGUUUCAUCCUCUCCUUCUUCGCCCUCUGUGGACCCCAAAUGCUUGUCUUCCUAAGAGUGAUUGGAGGCCUUCUGGCCCUGGCCGCUAUAUUCCAGAUCAUCUCCCUGGUGAUUUACCCUGUGAAGUACACCCAGACCUUUGAACUUCAUAAGCGCACAGAUGUCACUUAUAUCUAUAACUGGGCCUAUGGCUUCGGGUGGGCAGCCACGAUUAUCCUGAUUGGCUGUGCCUUCUUCUUCUGUUGCCUCCCCAACUAUGAAGAUGACCUGCUGGGCAAUGCCAAGCCCAGGUACUUCUACACAUCUGCCUAAGGUGGGGGAUGAGCAGAAGAGCACCACUGCUGCUGAGAUGGAGUCCAGAGAAAGAAACUGUUUUCCCCGGGAUACUUUGAACCUGUUUUGGGGGCAGUCUUCAUAUCAUAAAACUAUAGGCAAAAUGCUAAAAUAAUUUGGGAGAGAAGAUUUCUUAAAUGGUGUUAUAGUUUCAUAUUCAUCUUUUAUAUAUGUUUUGUAGAGUUAAACAAGACUUACUUCUUUUACCUAAUUACUCAUAUGCCAAUGUUUCCUUAUACCUAGUCAUACCAUUUCUCUUGCAUUUGUGAAAGAAUAUGAGUAUGAAACUAAUCACACAAUUUAUAAGGUAAAAAUGAGAAGGCGUCAAAGAUUUGAGUAAUCUGAUCAGGUUUCUGUUUUUCCCAGAUGGAAUGGACUGGGUCUAUUAAAGACUAAGGAGAAGAGGAAGAUAUUGGUAAAAAUUGCCAGUGACCAAUAUUCUAAAAAAAAAAUACAAAAAAUAAGUAUUUUUUCAAGCCUUCAGCUAUUUAAAGAAGCAAAAUAAUUUCCUAAAUACGUAUCAUUUGUGAGAAUUUCUAAUUAAUAUUGUGAAUAAUUGAUUUGGGGCUAAGCUUCCUGUUAACUUGAUACGGCAUCUAAGAAAGCAUUCUUUCAUGGCCAAAGCCUGUUGCAGUAGUAAGGCCUCCCUAAGUAGUGAAAUCUUAAGAUGAAAUUUUCUCUUUUGAACUGGUUUGUAGGGUUGGGGUGUGGUAAAGUGCUAUACUAGUAAUUCUGUGUUGCUAUACGUUCUAGACUAGAGUAGAUUGGAUUAAAAGAUGGACUGGUCUCAUUCGUCAUAAGCUCUAGGUGGGAUUAAGUUGUUCAGGAAGGCAUUAGGAGGACCAUUCUCGUCACAAAAGUAACAUUAAAACAACCUAAAGAGAAGAAAUGGCUUGAGUUUUUCAUCUUAGGCUUGACCAGGCUCUAAUCAUGUAGACACAGCUUCUGAUAGAUUGCAACUGUAAGCAAAAACUUAAAUAUGGUUAAAAACCUGGUUUUCCUUGGUAAACGGAUUAAAAAUAUCUGAUGUAAACAUGCAACAGGAGAAUUCAGGGAUGUGGGAUUCCUCUGAAUGGCAAAUAUGAUAUAUCAUGUGGAUUAUUUUUUUUUUACUAUUUGUACUUACAUAAUGAAAACCAAUUCAUUUUAUAUAUCAAAUUAUUAUUUUGUAAGUCGUAAAACUAAGCAGUUGCAGUUUUCAUUAUGAAUUUUCCCAAUAAACCAGGUGUUCUAAUCUUG